AUGUCUUCUAAUACGUUCCCUCCAUUCGGCCAGCUUCCCGAAAUGACCAGCAUCGCCCAACUGGGCAGUGCUAUUCUGAACAUUCGUGAUUCACUUGCACGCCAGAUGGACGAAGCCCAGGCAGAGUUUGACCGGUGCCAAACCAUCCUGGACUCGCUCGUGGACUUCCAGAUCAAAGCCAUGGAGGCCGAGAACCUCAAGGCCAAGUGCGAGGAGGCUGAUAAGGAGCUUGCACGUCUACAGGAGGAGAAUGCCAUACUCACGGGCCAGGUCAACAACCUCAAGAUUCAGCGCGAUCGCGUUCGCAAAGAGCUUGAGCGCCCCAUGGCCAACCGCUCGGACAAGUGA